GGUAGCAGGCGCAGCGGGAGCCGCUACUGCAGUCCAAGUGAGCACUAAUUGUCAGACCAUUGUGUGAUUCGCGCGUAUUGCCUUGGCUCUCCUGUAUUCCAAAUAUUAUUGUCGAUAGAUACCCCGAUUCAACGACACAUUCAAGAAAGAACAUCCGCAGAAAUUUCCCGCUUUUUCAGUCCCAGUUGUGUUUGUAUUCUGGUUGAAACUACUGUGUAGACACUGGUAUUCGUUUCAUGCUGCAACUUCUCAAGUGCUCUUCUCUGAGCCGUGCUCUUCUGAGCACUGGUUGUCGUCGACUCAGGCAUGGUAUUCUGGAUUUUUCUAUCUUUCGAUUCAAAACGAUCGCACAAGGGACGAGUGAUCGCAUUGUUAUCGGAACAUGGUUGGCAAGCCUGUCCGGUAUGACCCUCGGCGCUGUACUUCUGGGGGGCGCUACAAGGCUGACGGAAUCUGGAUUGUCAAUGGUCGACUGGCACCCAUUUAAAGAAGUUCCUCCAUCAAGUGAACAAUUAUGGUUGGAAGAAUUCAAUAAAUAUAAACAGUUCCCGGAAUACAACUACCAGGUUGAAGUUCACGGGGAGAUGUCCUUGUCACGAUUCAAGUUCAUAUGGUACAUGGAGUACGCACACCGAAUGUGGGGGCGCUUUAUCGGUGCUGUCUAUGCCAUACCUGCUGCCUACUUCCUUUAUAGAGGUUCUCUAAAUCCUGGAAUGAAAUCGAGGGUUUUCAUUUAUGGUUGCUUGAUAGGUGUCCAAGGCUUACUGGGAUGGCUCAUGGUUCGAAGCGGCUUAAAGGAGUGCAAACCACCCGCUGGCUAUGCGAAAGACGAACCCUUCCACGGAGUUCCUCGAGUCGACCACCUCUGGCUGUGCGCUCAUUUGUCAUCGGCCGUCAUAUUGUAUUGUCUGUUUUAUUGGGGAAGCAUGACGCAGUUGGUCACACACCCUCCUGU